AUGGCAGAAAUAGAAACCGAUGGAAGUGCUAAAGAAGUGGAAGUAAACAACAUCAAGCCUCACGGGAAUCUCAAAAACACAAACAAUCACGAACCAUUAGAAGAAACCACAAAUACCAUUAAUACAAAUGGAAUAACAAAUCAAAUUAAUAAGAAGAAAGGGUCUUUAAAAAAUGAAGGAAUACCAAGAGAAUUACUGGGCCUGUGUAUAGAUAUGGACUGGUGUAAAAAGUCAGGUAUUGAAGAACAAACUAAUGGAUUCAAUAUAAAUCAUGGAAAGGGAUCAGAUUAUUAUCAACAUAAUAAAGAAGUGGUUAAACACAACGAAAAUGAAGAUGAUACUAAAGUUGAUGUAAAUGCCGAUAAACAACCUAUAUUAAUAGAAAAUGAUAACCUUUUAACACAAAAUGUAGAUGAAAUAACAAGUUCAAAAAAUAAACAAGAACGAGCAAGGAUAAAUAACAGUGAGAAUAAAAAGGAAGAAACAUCUAAGGAAAUAGAUAGAGUAAAUAAGACUAAAACAAAGGUUAUAAAGAGGAAUUCAAGGUCGGUAUCACCAAAAGACUCAAAAACAAAAAAGGAUACAAUAAAUGUGGAACAUAAACCAGACUCCGAUUCACCAGAAGGACAAAAUAAAAAAGAAAAAAAGGUAGUUCAAUCUAAAAAGGCUUUGGAAAGUCAAAAGAUUAAUAAAUUAAAAGAAACAUUCAUGGCACUUAACAAGUAUCCAUUCAAGAAAGAAACCAAGCUGAAAUCUAAAGACUGUAUAGUAUUCUGGAAAAUGAAAUCGGAUAUGGACGAAACACUAGGCUCAUUGGAAAAUAGUAAAGAUAAAUUCGAUAUGUCAAAUUUCCACAUUUAUAAGGGCCUGUUUGUGGUUGAUAAAGUGUCCGAGUCAAAUGAAGUUACAUUCGAUCCAGUGAACGAAGUUAACAAAAAUAUCACGUCUAAAUACAUCGAUAUAAAGGAUAAAACCACUAAAAAUAGUAGUACGAGCGGAAGCCCAGGUGUAAAAUUUGAAGAUUCAGUAGUGUCAUGUUUCUUGUUUGAAGAUUUAGCACUCUACUGGUCCGGAAAUAGUGUAUUGUUGUGUUUGUUGUUUAUAAAGGUAGAAGAAGGAUUGUAUACAUUCAAGAGUAAGAAUAAAAAUGAUUCUUCAAAAGCAAUAAAAUCAAAAAAAGCAAGUAGAUUGUGUUGUAACAUCUCAGCGAGAGACCCGAGGAAAUUCAAAAAUGAUGGAGCAGAAAAAUCAGAAACCUGCCCAAACAAUGAUUAUUGGUGUAUAAUAUUUGAAAUAAUAGAAGAAGUAGUGAACCCAUACCUUUUCAGAGUCACAGACCCGAACCUAAUAAGACCAUACAACCCAAAGUUAUUCAAAAAAAAUCCCACAAUAAAUAAAAUUUUAAGAAACAUUAUCAUGUGUAAUUUGAACAUGAUAGGACCGGAAGGUGAAGAACAAGUAAACGAUAAGUUGGAAGAAUUAAAAGUGCAAUUCUGCAAUGUAGAUAAAGAGAUACCACAGACAUUCGAUAACUCAAACUGCCUAACAUGUCUACUAGUUGUCCAGUUUUUAACAUCAAAUUCACAAUAUUGGCCGUCUAAACCAAAGACACCCUCGAGAGUUAAGUCAAGUAAUAGUUACGUUAGCUUUAAAGUGUCAAAUAUAUUGAACCAGAAACCAGUGGAGGAGAUUAGUAAAAAUGAAAAUAAAGUGGAACAAAAGAUGACACCAAAAUUGACAGUGAGUAAAGGAGUGGUGAAAGAAAAUGUUCCUCAAGUGGAAUUGAUCGAAGAAAACGUGGAAGAAGGGUUGUUUGUGGAUUCAAUACAUAGAAUAACUAGAAGGAUGGUGAAGGAACUGAAGUAUUCAGAUAUAAUACCAGAUUAUCCAGAAGUUAAAAAAAUCAAAACUGAGAGUAAUCCGAAGAGACCAGCGACAACUUCGGAAGAUAAAGAAAGUUAUGAAGAACAACCAAAGAAGAAAAAAUUAAUACAAACAAACCAAAUACCAAAAAUAGAAAAAAUUACAAGUGUAACGCAAAAACUAAUACAAAUCACAGAUAUAGCAUCAGGAUUCCAGAUUUUAGGCUUCCUUAUCAAAUACUCACCAAUAGAUAAGGACCCAAUGACUAAAAAGGGAAGAGAAUGGAAUUACGGAGUUGUAAAAUACUGGGAACCAAAAUAUAAGUCAUUUUUCAUACACUCAUUGAGAGAAGAGCUGAUACAAACGGGAUCAGAGUUACAAAUGUACAUCAAAUUAUUAGAAAAUACAGAAAAUAAGUAUUCAGAUUCAGUAACCUGGAUACAUUCGCAAGCCUACUUCAUAUUAGGAAUAGGAGAAUAUCCAGUCUUUAACCGCACAAGUAAAAAAAACUUAGUUGAUAAAAUAAAUGAAGGAAAUCAAGAAACAACACCAAUUUGUAAAGUAUGUAACAAUAAGAUUUUAUUAAUGAGAAGAGAUUUCUCAAAAAUACCUAGAAAUAGUCAGACAGAAGUCGAUGAAGAAAUGCUAUUAUGUGACUUCAUAGAAGAGUUGCAAACUACAUAUGACUACCCAAACUAUUUGUUCAGAAACCCAGCACAUUCAACAGUGCUGGCAUUGAGAGAACUGGAGCAAAUAGGUUUUAAAAAAAUAAUUCGGAUCCUUGAAUCGAAUAUGGACAUAACCAAGAUAUUACUGGGGAAAUAUCAAAGAGAAUUCAUGCCGUUGUACAAUAAAACUACAUUAUACCUCUGCAUAAAGUUGAUAUGGUGGUUUAGAAAACAUUGCAAUAUAAGAGAAACAUUGAACUCAAAGUCUAAAAUAAAUUUAAUAUACUGGGGAUUCAAGUGCGUAACAUGCGGAAACCACUAUCACGCAAAGUGCCUAAUGUACCAACACUUGAGGAAAAUGCCGCCGGACCUGAACAAAGAAAACGUAACGAACAGAACAAACCGACAUAAAACAUUCUGCAAAAACUUCAGAGUGGUUUCGAACAUGAGAACAUCCUACUACUCAAACGAAAACCUCUACGAAACAACAGAUUUUAAAAUGGACAUAGAACAAGAUUUCGAAAAAUACUAUGUAGAAGAAGUUAGUAAUAAAGAAGAUGAAAAUUUGAUGGAAGAAAGUGAGUUAGUUGAAAAUAACAUAAAUGGAAUAAGAAAUGAAGAAAUUCAACCAAAGAAAAAUAAAGAAAAAUAUGUAUACUACCCAUUUUUAGACUCAACAUUAGAAUCACAAGAAUGGAGCUGUCCAGAAUGUAGAACAUGUAUGUACUGCUGUGAGCCAAUAAGAGGAAGAAGCUAUAUCAGUAGGUUAAACUACAGUUACGGAUUUACGGAUACGUUAAUGAAGUCGUAUAAGCAGUUCCCACCAUGUUUUGAGCAAAAGUUAGAUCAAUUACAGAGAAAUUGCCUCCAAACUGAAAAGAUAAAGGACGUAGUGUGUGUGUCGUGUAGCAUUUCAGCACACAGGUCGUGCUGUUAUCCAAUGGUUCCAAACCUACUCUUUAUAGAGUCAUGGAAGUGUGAUUAUUGCACACAAUGUAUAUCCUGUGGAUAUCGAGAUCACAAUACGGCAGAUUACUUGAACUGGGGACUCUUCUUUUUCUUUUGCCUCAAGUGUUGGGAACUUUUGGAGAGGUCAAACUACUGUGGAAUAUGCUACAAAGUCUGGACACACUUCGAUGGUAGUUCACAGAAGUGGGUACAGUGUGAAGGAUGCAAGUUAUGGAUACAUAUAGAAUGCGACGAUCUGGCAAGAUUAAUCACAGACUGCCCAUCAUCAAGAAAUCAAAAUUAUAGAUGCUGUAUUUGUAGAUCAGAAGAUAAAAUGUUCAGGUGCACAAAGGCACUUGAACAGAUAUUUAUAGUAGAUAAGCUUAACCAAUUCAGGUACCCAGUGUCACCAACCUUUGUAACAUACUGGAGAUUAGUAACCAAACCCAUGAAUUUAGUAACACUAUUCACAAAGCUUGAAAGCUUCAAGUAUAAGUCGGUUUAUGAAUUUAUAUUUGAUGUGUUUCUGAUUCCAUAUAACGCGAAGAUGGUAAAUAUGCCAAACACAAAGAUAUACAAGUUCGCAAUCAUAUUCGAGAGAAAGUGCAGACAAAUCAUCUCAAGCAUAAUGCAAAUAACGGACUCUGAAAUCACAGUAAUCAUGGAUAACGGAACAUCAGGAGGAAAUGUAAUAUCAAGAGAAAAGAAGUUAUUAACAUCUGAAACAUUGGAACAAAUGCAAGUUGAGUCAGUAGAGGAACAAAAGGAAGUGAAUAAGGAAGUUGAAAGUGAAACAAUAAUUAACGUUAAGAAUGAUAAGACAACUGAAGUGAGUAGUAAAUCAGAAGAGCAUAAAAUGUUAAGUGCGUUCACAGAACUGAAAAAUAAAGUAGCCAAAUUCAAUUUAACAUUCGAGUAUCUGCUCUCAUGCAUACUGAAUAUGGAUGUUAAUAUCCAAGAUAACACAGAUAAUUCAUAUGUGGAUGUGUCAGGAAUGAAAAACGUAGUACAACACUCUAGUUCAAACGGUUACGAGGAUGUUCCACCGAUAAGCUUCACAGAAAUUUCGAAACUAUUGCACCCACACGUUCCAUGCGGAUUGACUUUUUCUGUGGUGUCUGUGGUGUCUGUGUUCUCGCCAAAGUUUAUAAUCCCACCAACAUUCAGUAGUAGUGAAGAUUUCGAGAAUUUGGUAAAAUCAAAGAAGCUUAUAACGCUGAACAAAAAUAAGCCAAAGAAUCCAUACCUGAUGUCAUUGAUGAAAUUCAAGGGGAAAAACUUGGGAGAAUUCUAUUUGGAUACGCAAGAACAGCUGGAUAAAAUGUCUGAAACAUUGUUCAAAUACGGUUUUAUAGGUACACUGGACGCGUGCGUAAUGUGUGGGUCUAUGGCAUUUCAAAGUUAUAUGAUCUACUGCGAAAACUGCGCUGAACCAAUGCACUACUACUGCGCAGGAUAUAUCUUCCCACCAGAAUACCUCGAGUACACCAAACUCAAGUGCGCAUUGUGCUCAAGGUGUGAGAGGUGUGAAGUUGAAAUCCAGUCAAACCACCCAUACGAGCUCUCGAACCUGAUGGACUACAAGUUUGGAGAAGCACUGGGGCUAAUACCAACAGUAAUCACAAACAUAGUGUUACAUUCAGCGCAAGUGAUAGCGGAUGCAGCAAAUUCAAUGAUGGCCCAGACAAGCCAGAACAAGGAAAACUACGAGUUCAAUAACACUGCAGUGAAGUAUGGAACUUUCUUGGAUGGAAGGUUCAUGGUAACACAUACAGGGGAAAUUUCAAUUAAUUUGGAUAAAGAGUUACAAGAGAAAAUAUAUCACCCACUAAACUCAGUCAAGUGCAUAACUUGUGGAAAAUCAACGCAUCUAAACUGCAUUAGAAUACUCAGACCACCAAACCCCAAUAUACUAGAAAAAUUAAAUGAAAGGAAUUCAGAGAGGAGUGUAACAAAAGAUAGGUGUGGACUAGAAAGUGGCCAAUUAUAUAAAAAUUUAACAGAAAGCCGAGACGAGAAUCAUUAUAUAAAUACAAUGAAAUCAAUUCAAAAUAACCUCAAAAGUUCAAAAUUCUCACUAAUGAAAGAUUGUCAAGAACUAGAUUAUAGUAAUGUAAAUCUAGUUAAAGGGAGUGAUUCAAGUACAAACCAAGCAAUGUCAGCACUCAAAAACCUGUCAUUGUGCAUGAAAGUUAUGGAUAAUUUGAAUGCUAGUGUGUAUUUAGAAAACUUAAAAUCAGCAGAAGCAGAAGUUACUCAGAAUCCUAAAUCUCAACAAGAUUUUAGAACCAAUAAACUGUUAAAUUCUGAUCCUAAGAGUGUAAGUGGAGGGAAAUCUGUACCAGGAUCAUUUAAUAAUGUAAACUCAACUACAUAUUUCGAGAAUUUGUCGUAUUUCAGCACAUUUGUAUCCAAUAACAUGUGUAAUGGUAAUGAAGCUAAUUCUAUGAAUAAAAACGAGAAUUUAACUAUGGGAGAAGAUGGAGGUUAUGAUAAUGUAGAUGUAAGACGUGAAGGUGAAAACAUAAAUGAACAAAAAAAUGGAAUAACAGAACCGAGGACAGUUUCAGAGUGUACUAACUCAUCAUUCUUUUCAUACGCAGAAAUAUUGAAAGCAUUUGAGGAAUAUUCACAGGAAGAAUAUUUACAAAGAGAAAAGGAAGAUAUAGACUCAGAUUUCAAUAUACCCUUGAACCUGAGUUGGGAGUUUGAUGGCUCAGGAGUCUUUUCAUGUAGCAAACGUUGCGCAAAUAAGUAUCAUAAUUUAAAUAAUAUAAGGUUUCCACAAGAAUCUUUGUAUUCAAACUCGCUUCUGACGCAGUUUGAUUCACUCCAGCAAUGUUACAAACUGGUGGAAGUUGAGAAUGAAACGGCACAAUACCACCUAAAAACAAUUUUAAAUAAUUUUGAGCAGGAAGAUGAGUUUGAUAGAUUAGAUGGAACAGAAGGGUUAACUGGCGUUAGAAUAAGAAAUCGCUGUAUAAUGUGUGGAAAGUUGGUUAAAAAUAUUACUAGUUCCAAAGAACAAGAUGGUUCUGAAGUGGUAGUGUAUUAUUUACCUCAGAAUACAGGAGUUUGGGCUUUAUGUGUAAAAUGUGAAGCGUAUAGUAAUUAUCUAGAGAAUAUAUGCAGUGAAGUAGCAAGUAAAGAUGAACAGAAGACAAAAAUUGAAGAAAUGAAAAAUACUGCACUUGACACUAUGACGUCUGAUGACUUUAUGACUCUAAUGUCCUCAGCAAGGAAUUGGAUCCUAAUGAGCCAGCACUCAAUUAACUAUAUCAUGACCGUGUUGGAUGCACUGUGCCCCAGUAUGUUCGAAAACAUAGUCCUAAGAGGAAUAGUAUACGACUUUCUCAUCGACGGAGAUCAUUCUGAAAUAUAUCCUCAUCUUUACAAUACAUUCAUUAAUUCACCAAUGACUUCUAUCACAUUCACGGAAUGCAGAGACUCUAUAAUUAAAUAUCAAGGGAUAAAUGGAUUAAUGGAUAGUGAUAUGUCCAAUGAUUUCAAUAAUACAAGUGAAAAUUCAGUAGAUUGUGUUUUGGAGUCUAAUUGUGAUGUGGAAGAAAAGAUGGAUAGGAAGAGCAUUUCAUUGAAGUUAUCAUACCGAGUUAUGAUCUCCAAAUAUAUACAAUACGUAGUAAGAUCAACAAGAUUCUUUGGAGUAUAUAAGGAUUUAUUAUCAUAUAAGAUGUUGUUAAGGAAAUUGGGGUUCCUAGAGAAAAAUAAACUUUGUUAUGAAUACAGUACAAUGACGGCAAACUUUAUGGUAAUGAAGUUGAAGAAAUUAUUCAAUCAAAUAAUUAGUGGAGAAUUACAAAAGGAUGAAAUAACGAUUCGACUAAACAAAAAGUACCCAUACAUGAGAAAGCAUUUGGCAUACCUCAUAUACAACGGGAAUAUUAGUUUGUACAAACAGUUAGAAAUUUCAGAAAACCCCAAUAAACUAACAAAAUUCAUAGAAAAUAUUAAUGAACCCAAUGACAAUAUUAAUGAUAAUUUAAAUAUUAAAGAAUAUGUUAAUAUGGAAAAGGAUAUAAAAUCACCGUCAUGGAUAUUGGGGAAAAUAGGAUAUGAAGCAGAAGGGAUAUUGAAAAUACUUCAAGAAUUCGUAAAGUUCUCAAAUUUAAGUGCCAAAAAUAAUAAGGAAGGGGGAGCAAAGAAGACAAAUAACGCAUAUAAGAAGCUAUUUAUCCAACCAAGAGGGUAUCAAAGCAGGAUUAAUGCAACAAGUGAAGUUCCAAAAUCAAAUGAAGAUUUAUUUUAUUCAGAAUUUACAAAAAAAUCAGAUUCGAAUUUAACAAUAUCAAGUUUGUGUGAUAGUUUGAAGAUGGCAAUGGAAAAAUUGAUGGCAGAGUCUAAAAUGGAAGAAAUGGAGGAAUAUUUGACAAAACUAAUUGGUUCCUCAUAUUUGGUAGAUUUAGUGUCAGCAAGAGCAAUAACAGGAGAUCUUAUAAUAAAGGAAGUAACCGGUUCUGAAAAGUUAUAUACAGACUUCGGUGAUUCUGAAGAUAAGAUAAUAAAGCCAGCAAUGUGUUACCACCUUAGAUCAAAACAGCAAAACGUGUUUACAAGUUCAAGUGGUGAUGGAGGAAAUGACCAAAAUGAAGAACAAAUGAGAUUAGAAGCCUGCUGUUUGUGUGGAAUAGAAGAAAACACACUGUUGAGAGGAUGUUUGGUACCAUGGAGGAACGGGUUCGUGCACUCUGAGUGUAUACUCUGGUCACUCAACGAUGUGUAUUGCGCAAGAACAUAUAAUUAUAAUUAUGAUAACUUUUAUACGUUGUUUGAGUUCAAUCAAGUUGAAAUUCCCCAAAUAGAGAACCCGGAUAAGAAAAAGAAGAGCACCUUAGUUGGUGAUAAUUUCCAACAAACAGAUCUAGAAGACUAUGAAACGGCGAGUCAACCGUCUGAAAAUUCUGAUAGUGAAGAAGAUAUGCUAGAUUUUGAAUAUGAUACUGAGGAUUCACGACGUCCUUCUGAAUUAUACGAGAGCAAACCUGAAGAAAUGGUUGAUUCUACGUUAGAAAAUGAGAAACCUGAACUGGUGGUAGAAUCUGAUAAAAUGGAACAAACAAUGGAAAACAUGGAUCUUGGUAAAACUACGGUUGAUGAAGUUGCUGUUGGUGAAACUAAUAAUGAUGAGAUAAAUGUUGAUGAAGUUAUGGUUUGUGAAACUAAUGUUGGUGAAACUAUGGUUCAUGAAGUUAAUAAUGAUGAGACAAAUGUUGAUGAAACAAAUGUUGAUGAAACAAAUGUUGGUGAAACUAUUCUAGAUGAAACAAAUGUUGAUGAUAGUACAUUUGAUGAAGAGGAAAAUAAUUUAGGAUCGGAAAUGAUGCCAGAACAAGCUAAUAUAAACCUGAUGUACAUGCCAGUGUUGCCACCAGUACAAGUGCCAGACUCGUUGGUGGAAAUGACAUAUAAAGCAUCGAGACUUACGACGUGCCAGUGGUGUAAUAUGAAAGGAGCAACAGUGACGUGCGCAGGAUAUAACUGCAAAAUAUCAUUUCACCUGUGUUGCGCAAUGGUGGCGUCAAGUAAGCUGGUGCACAGCAUAAUGGAAAGAGAUAACCCAGAAGAUGAGUUCCAAGUAAAGGUCUUCCCAAUCAAGAUGUUUUACACCAGAAGAAAAGUUUGGUGCGCAGCAUGCUUCGACUUCAUAACAGAGAACGUAAAGUCAUAUCACAUUAAGAGCCUGAUGAACUUGAAGAAGAGUGAUGUAAAGUCGUUUCUGUGCCUGGAAGGAAUGUCGCCAAACGCAACAAGAAUAGUGUUUAGACAAACGUUGCAGUCAGUGAGAAUAGUGCCAAGAACAUUGGACUACAAGAAGCUGGAAAUAUUCAUGUCAUGGACAAGCUCAACAUAUAAAAUAAUAAAGUCAUCAUAUAACCAAACGAUGUAUAAUCAUCAAUUGGAGCCUGAAGUGACGAAUUUCAUUACAGAUAUCCUUAAGCCAGACCCAUUACCAGAUAACCCGAACAAGAUUAAUACGGAUUAUGAUUACAGAAACAAGUAUUUUUUGUAUGGAUCAGAUAAACAGGCGACAUCAGUGUUCUCAGUAAAGGUGCCGUUUUUGUGGUAUGACGGAGGAGUGACACAUAACUUAUGGAGAAUUGGAACACUGACGAUAAUCAACAUUGGUGACGCACUAAUGCAGGAUAGAAAUGGAACUUUGUAUCCAAUUGGGUUCACGUCAGUGAAAAGAUUCUGGAACACAAACUAUUAUAAGGAAAAGACUGAAACAACUGAUGAUAUUGAUAGAUAUACAGAUGGGUUUAUGGAAAAUAAUGAUUCCAAUUUGAAUCAGUUGUUUUUAAACCACAAAUCAACCUUUAACUCAUCAUUUGAUUAUAAAAAACAUAUAGGAAAAGAAACAAGGAGUUAUUACCUAUUUUCUGUAAGAUCGCUGGAAGGAGAACCUUUUUUCACUAUUGACCUUGUGUCAAACCCAAAAACACAAUUACCCAACGUUAGAUUAUGUCAAGGAAGAGAUUUAUACAAGACAUACAAUGCAUUUAAAGAGAUAAUUAACGCAAGAACAUUAGAUAUGCCACCUGAGGCGUUUUUCGGACUUAAUUUACACAUUGUACUACAACAAAUUAGAUUUGAUCUAUGCUGUACAAUGAUGCAUAGAACUACACAAUUCUGCAAAAUCACAGCAUUUAAACAAUCAGUUUUAGGUUCAAGGUUAUCGAAUUUUGAUUUGAAUUUGAGGUUGGGAGAACCAAUGGUUAAUUUGCCCUAUAAACUAAAUAGGUCAAUAAUUUCGGAACAUUUAUCAAAGGAUUCGAGAGAAAGAGAACAGACGUCUGAUUUGCUUGAGACAAGAAAUAAUAGAAGUAGAAGUAGGAAACAAUAUGAUUUGUCAAACACGUCAACUCAGUAUAGAUACUUGUUAUCAAUACCACCUGAAAACCGACUUGAUGUUAAACCUUCAGUGAUCCACGGCUUAGGACUAUUUGCAACUGAGAAUAUACCAGCAGGAGAGCCAGUGGUGGAGUAUGUGGGAGAGUUGAUCAGAGACGUAGUUGGAGACCAGAGAGAAGAGUUCUACUCAGAAGGACAAGGAGGAGAUGGGUCCUGUUACAUGUUCAGACUCGAUGAUCAAUACAUUGUCGAUGCAACGAGGAAGGGAAAUAUGUCCAGAUUUAUUAAUCACAGUUGUGAUCCGAAUUGCUUAUGCCGUAUAAUAACGUGUGAAAAUGGAAUGAAGCAUAUUGUAGUAUUUGCAAAAUCAGAACUGAGUCCAGGAGACGAAGUUACAUACGAUUAUCAGGUAACGAUUCAAUUUAAAAUAUUAUCUUAG